CACCAAUACAUGCAGAGGAAUGCCACUAAAUGUCGCCGACAUUUGAUCGCCAACUGCACCGGUAUUUCAGUGGAAACGAAAAACGCGAUUUUUGACGAGUUUUAUGACAAACCUAUCGAUAAUCAACAGACAGAGGAAGAAGAAGACAAGGAAGACGUCGAAGAAGAUGAAGAAAAAGUAGAAGAUAUGGCUAUUGAUCCGGAAGAUAGUAUAUUGGGCGCUGACGUUGAAGUGGUUGCGUCGCCGUCGGCUCCCGCUGUCAUUCAAACGGCAUUCGUUCGGCACAAGUCUCGCAUAAAUAUUUGGCAACAUUUUGAUUUGACGGUCAGUUCGCGACCCAUAUGUCUGUACUGUCGUCACCAAUAUCUGCAACGAAACGCCACCAAAUCUCGCAAACAUUUGGUCUUCAGCUGCACUGGUAUUCCCGAAGACAUCAAACAAGAGAUUAGAAGUCAGUGCGACGAGAGAUUCCUGCGACUCUACGCGGGAGUCAAACACAUGACGGCCGCCAGCGAUGACAGUCUGGCCGACGAUUAUGUGUUCACCGGUGGACUCAUUUUGCCGACGAAAAUAAAUCGACCGAAAUCUCGCGUUUGGGAACAUUUCAGCGAAGAGACGGAACCGGACGGUCGUAUUGUCCGCCGUUGUGUGUAUUGCGCGGAACAGUUCGAGUCGGGAGUGAGCCGUCACGCGCACAAAAUUCGACACCAUUUGGGCAUUCAGUGUCCACUCAUUCCGCCCGACGUUAAGCAGACACUAAUCGGCGAUAACGUUGUGUUCGCGCGCCGAGCGAUGCACUCGAUUGGGCCGAAAACGCUAUACGAGUGCAGUUGGCCCGGAUGUGAACGCAAAUACCCCAAACCAUGUCAACUGAAGACACACCAAAUGGAUCACACGGGAGAGCGUUUGGCUUGCGAUUGGCCGGGAUGUGAGUGGACGGGCCGUACGGCACACAAUCUCAGACUUCACAGAUAUAUACACUCUGGUGAAAAGCCAUAUGAGUGCGAUUGGCCGGGCUGUGAGUUUCGGUCCGCUCGACCUUCGAGUCUUAAGAUUCAUAAGUUACGGCACCGAAAUGUGUUGCGAUUCCGAUGCGAUUGGGAGAACUGCGACCGCACUUUCCUCACCGGUUCCCAACUCAAAGUACACCGACUGACACAUACGGGUGACCGACCCUUUGCCUGUCAACUGUGUGACAAACGCUACCCAACUCUUAACAAACUUAAAGUACAUCAACGCAAACAGCACUCUAACAUUAAUGCCAGCGUCUAAUCGAUUGUUUUACAUUAUUUUAUCCAUAAAAUUAUUCAUUUUGAUUGAAUCAAUCAAUUUAUCAUUAAUUGUCAUUUAUUUUAUAAUAUAAUUAAAGAUUUUAUUUUUUUAAAAA